AUGAAUGAAUCCACGCGUUUAUAUGGAUUCACAAAUACGGAAAAUAUGGCAAGAUUAAGGAACUGUUUACGCGGUGAGGCUAGAGAGGUAGUAUCGGCUCUGCCGUUUACCGCGAAGGAUCCGGCAGACAUUAUGCGGACACUGGAGCAGUGUUUCGGCCGCCCGGAAGUAAUUAUAGAUCGUGCGUUAGAAGAAUUGAAACGCCUUCCGCGCCCGGGUCAAACCGCCCAGGAAUUAAACUCGUUCGCAAUUAAGUUACAAAAUAUAGUGUGCAUUAUGCAAAACGUCGACGGCAAGGGUUAUUUGCGUAAUCCAAUGCUGACUAGGGAGGUUACUAGCAAACUUAGCCCUCACUUACGGUCGCGUUGGUGCGAUUAUGCGGAGCACUACGGAAGUGCGGACGAACCGGACAUCGUUACAUUAUCCCGGUUCAUGAUGAGAGAGGCUGACCGUGCGUUAAGUCAUGCCUAUACGUCCGUAGCGUCGAAUAAGGAAUCGCCCAAAAUGCUUAAAUGGCAACGCACGCAAAAAAUUUUGGCGCUUGUACCUCCCGCAAAAGCACCCUCCGAUGACAGCAGCACAUCUGAAGAUGAAGUUAUAAUCAAUAAUUACACAAAACCGAAAAAACAACAAUCAUCUGACUCAGAACACAACUACGAAUCAUCUGAACCACGUUCUUAUCCCUCUGAAAUUGAUUACUUAAGCUUAGAUUCACAUUCCGAAGAUGAGAUUCCUGCGACGCCAUCACCUAGGCCACUACAGCUACAAAAUGAAAGCAAGUCAUACUUACCCAAUUCCAAAGAAAAUUCUCGUCCGACGACGCCUCCAUCGCCAACUCCGCCUCAACAAAAUGAUUGCAACAUACCUGAAGUACCAUGUUCUGAAGUCCAAACUCCGAUUUCGUCUGCGUCGAUGCCACAAGAUAUAAUGAAUGAUUCCAUACUCCACAUACCAACAAUUCCCUUGUCUCCUUUAAUUAACCAAAUGUUUUCACCAGGCCCGUCAAAUCAGCCGCUCCCAUUCACACUGAAUUCGGUCUCAUCAGUAUUAUCACCUAACAUGUCUCCAGCAGCACCUAAUACACGUUCAAAGCGACGACAGAACACAAAACCUAAACACCCAGCGGCAAAAAAAGUAAAGAAGUUUGUAAGAAAACCUCUAUCAUUCAAAUUCAGAGCAGGAAAACUACAGUACGCAGCUAUAUUUGAACCACCGAAACACGAUUUCUCACCCGAUCCACAUCAUUCAAUCUUAGAUUAUUUCACUGACUUUUUUUCAAAUGACAUAUUCGAAUUAAUAGUAGAACAGACAAACUUAUAUUCAGUUCAAACCGAUUCGAGAUCUAUAAAUAUAACAAACGAUGAUGUGAAAGAUUUCAUAGCGAUUACACUCAUUAUGGGGGUAGUGAAAAUGCCCUCUUACAGAGAUUAUUGGAGUCGAUUUUUGCGAUAUCCAGCUGUCGCUGAUAUCAUGCCUUUAAAAAAGUAUGAGAAAAUAAGGAAAUAUUUACAUUUCGCCGACAACAGCAACAUUAACGACGACCGUUACUACAAAGUUCGACCAAUUAUUGAAAAAAUUAGGCUUAAUUGCUUAAAAAUGAAGGAGGAACAACGCUACAGCGUCGACGAAAUGAUGGUCCCAUACAAAGGGACAAGAGCGGGAAGUAGGCGCCAAUAUCUACCUAAAAAACCAAAAAAAUGGGGGAUGAAGUUAUUCGUUCGAGCAGGCGUCUCUGGUUUAGUGUAUGAUUUCAUUCCUUAUGGUGGAGAAGACACGUUUAGAAAUCAUUCUUUUACUGAAUACGAGGAGAGCCUCGGUCUUGGAGCAAAAGUUGUGCUAGCACUUUGCAAGACCAUUGAGGAUAAACCUGCAGUCGUAUAUUUUGACAAUUUCUUUACGUCAUUGGAGCUAAUUCACCAUUUGCGUCAAGAAUACGGUAUUUUUAGUCUUGGUACCAUAAAAAGUAAUCGUUUGAGAGGUUGUCAAAAUAAACUACUAGCAGAUAAAGUUCUCGCAAAAAAAGGACGGGGUGCAAGCUCCCAGAUCGUCUGCAAUGACACGAAACUUGCUGUUGUCAGAUGGUAUGACAAUAAGCCGGUGACAUUGGCUAGUUCAUUCGUCGAUUCCCAUCCAAUGGGAAAGAUUCAAAGGUAUUCCAAAGAUACAGAAUCUAGGGUGGAGGUCAAUUGUCCUCAGAUUGUGAAGCAAUAUAAUGCCCAUAUGGGGGGCGUAGACUUGGCGGACAUGCUUAUCGCUCUAUACCGUUCAAACUUUAAAACUAAGAGGUGGUACAUGACCAUGUUUUCACAAUCUCUGGAUAUUUGCGUCAACAAUGCUUGGUUAUUACAUAGGAGAGAUCAUGCUGAUCCUAAAGACCGUUUACCUCUCAAAAAAUUUCGGAUACAGAUAGUAUCUGAGCUUUUACAUAAAAACAGAACGAGGGUGACAGUGAGUCAGGAAAACGAUCCUCCUAAAAAAAUAAUUACUCCAGCUGCUCCAAGACCGACUGAUGCUGUACGAUAUGACAACAAUGGACAUUUACCCAUGUUUGUGUCGUAUGGACGGUGCAAAUACUGUAAAAAUGGGUACACAAAUAUUACUUGCUCAAAAUGUAUCCUCAGGCUGUGUCUAGUUAGUAAGAGAAACUGUUUUUAUAAUUACCAUGUUAAGUAA